UUCAAGUUCCCAUGCCAGUAGUGUCUUUAUUACAUCACCAAGAUCAUGGUUGAGUCAUCACACACAAGGCUUAAAAUUUACUUCCUACUUUUCAUCCCUUUAAAUACUACCUCUUAACAAUACAAAGGGACUGAUCUAAACAAGUGAUCAUAGCUUCCUUACCCGACAAUUCUUCUUUCAACAAAACACAACCUUAUUCAUCAUUCAACAUGCAGACCUCAUUUCUUCACGAGCUAAUUGUUGGAACUCCAAUCAUAUAUGACCAGUUUCAAAAGUCGGAUAACAGAUACUUACUUGAUUCUUCCUCUCAUCCAUGUCAAUAUCCAUCCAAACAUCAAAGCAUAUGUAGAGCAAGUUGUAACCAGAAAAAGCGCAGCAGGAAGGGUAAUAGUAAUUCUGAAAUUUCAGGGACACUAAGGACAAACAUAACGGAAACUAUUAAAAGGAAGUUGAGCUUAGGGGCUCGAAUUCUUCAAAUGGGCGGAGUGGAGAAAGUGUUCAUGAAGUAUUUUAGUGUGAUGGAGGGGGAGAGGCUGUUGAAAGUUUGCCAUUGUUAUCUGUCGACCACAUCUGGCCCUCUAGCUGGUCUCCUCUUCAUCUCCACUGAAAAGGUUGCGUUUUGCAGCGAGAGAUCAAUAAAAGUCUUUAAUCAGAAAGGACAAAUGUGUAGGAUACGCUAUAAGGUUUCCAUUCCAGUGAAGAAGAUAAAGAGUGUGAGGCAAAGUGAAAAUGUUGAGAAGCCAAGACAGAAAUACAUAAAUAUAGUUACAGUUGACAAUUUUGAUUUCUGGCUAAUGGGUGUAUCAAAAUAUCGUAAGACUUAUAAAUAUCUCGAGCAGACAAUUUCUCAAGCUUAGAUGAAUAUAAGAUAUAAGUUACAAGAGAUGAUAUACAGCAAGCAAUGAAAUGAAAGCUGUAAUCGAAGAUAUGCUUUGGAAAGAGGAGCUUUGAUUGAGCAUUGAUAACAGCUCAAAUGCAAAAUUGGCUGUCAACAUAUUGUUGAUAAAGUUGUUGAUGCAAGAGAUCAGUUGGCGAGAUGCAAAUAGUGAUUCUUAGUGAUAAGUAUUCAUUGAUCCAUAGUGAAGCCUAUUUAGAAUUCAACGAAGGGAGAUUGUUAAUUGUUAUGGAAGGAAAUGUAAAUAGAAAGAAAAACUGUUAGAAGUUGAAGUAUCAUGGCAAAUUCUCAGGAACUUUUAAUAUUCGGACCAUUCAAAUAUUUAACAAAAAUUUUCUCGAAUUUAUUUAAA